CGUCCAUUUUGCUAUGACGAAUCAUUGGAUGGAGUAACAGAAAGUCUUAUAAGUACAGUGGAAUCAGAUUCUAAUGAUUCAUUAACACAAACAUUAUCAUAUGCACAGGAUGUAUCGAAAGAUAAUCGAGAUAGGAAAACAGAUGAUGUUGUCGAAAAUGAAUUAGAA